UUAGAGACUCGCCAGCUCCGAUAAGCAUAAGCAAAUGAAAAGAACCUCAAGUAGCUCCUGAACUUCACUUGGAGUUAAUGAGGCAGCACUGUCCCAACUAUUUUGAUCAAAUGAAUUGUGAUUCACUGCAGCCAAUCCACAUGGCACUUGAAGGCGCUUGCUCUUCGUCUUCUUUCAUCCACGGGUGGACCUACGAUGUCUUUGUAAGCUUCAAUGGCGGAGACACUCGUUAUGGUUUCACCGGCAACCUUUGUUGGGCUCUGAAUCAAAAGGGGAUACACAUCUUCCGAGACGACGACAGCCUCAGGAAAGGCGAAAGCAUUUGCCCAGCUCUUCUGAAGGCGAUCGAAGAAUCUAGAAUCGCCAUCAUAGUAUUCUCCGAGAACUAUGCAUCGUCAAGCUGGUGCCUGGACGAACUGGUGAAGAUAAUGGAAUGUAUGAAGGAGAAGGGACAGAAGGUUCGACCGGUGUUUUAUAACGUAUAUCCUUCAGAUGUAAGGCAAGCGAGUGGAAGUUUUGGAAGGUCAAUGGCUGAGCAUGAAGCCAGGCUCAAGCAAACAGUUCGUGAUUGGAGCCUUGCACAAAAAACAUUGCAAAACUGGAGAGCUGCGCUUCGGGAGGCUGCCAAUUUGGCUGGAUGGCAUUUCACAGACGGCCGGUAUGAGUUUGAGUUUGUUCAAAAAAUCACGGAAGAGGUUUCUAAAAUAUUAAGUCGCACAAUUUUACACAUAGCUGAUCAUCCCGUGGGAUUGGAGUCUCGAAUAUUAGAAGUGAUAUCACUUCUAAGUAUUAACUCUAAAAAAGAAGCUUUGAUGGUGGGAAUUCAUGGGAUUGCUGGAAUUGGUAAAACAACGAUCGCCAAAGCAGUGUAUAACUCGAUUGCUAAUCAGUUUGAUUCCUCUUGUUUUCUUGGUGAGGUGAGAGAAAACUCAAGGAAGAAUGGUCUAGCACAACUACAAGAGACAAUUUUUUCGAACUUGCUUGGAGAAAAUAAUAUCAAGUGCAGCAACGUAAGUCAAGGAAUUCCUAUAUUAGAAAAGAGAUUUCGUUUCAAGAAGAUUCUUUUGAUUCUUGAUGAUGUUGAUGAUUUUAGACAAGUGAAAUCUUUAGCUGGAAGAAAAGAUUGGUUCGGGCAGGGAAGUAGGAUAAUUAUAACAACAAGAAAUGAACAUUUCUUAAGACAACAUGGGGUUGAAAUUCUGCAUGAAGUGAAAGGACUGGAAGAUGAUGAAUCACUUGAAUUGUUUAGUUGGAAUGCCUUCAAAAAAAGUGAACCUGAUCCAAGCUAUGCGGAGAUAGCAAAGCAUGUAGUGAAAUAUGCCCAAGGCUUACCAUUGGCUUUGAAUGUUAUAGGUUCUGAUUUGUUUGGCAAAACGAUCCAAGAGUGGAAACUUGUUUUGAUGAAAUAUGGUAUUGGAAUCCUUGAAGAGGAAUCUCCAAGAGUUGGGAAUGGGUUUUGUACAGGAAUUCCCUUGGUUCAGAACUCAAGAGUUUCUAGAGUCCUUAAACUUCUUGCUAACAACAAUUUCAGAUUGCUAGAGUGGAAUGAACAUCAGUCGCUAUCUUUACCAACUGAGCAUUAUCCAGAGAUACUUCCUGUUCUCAACGCGCCUCAUUGCCAUAUAACUAAUUUGGUGGACCUCAGUGACAGUGGUUCUAUUACAAGAAUACCAGAUGUCUCUACAGCACUUCUUACUAGCAAAUGUCCAACCUUAGCUGAAAUUUUUGAUCAAUUUAUUGGAAAUCUGGGCGCACUGCUUAUUGAAAAUUGCCUCAAACUUGAGCGUUUGCAACCUGCAGGAAUGAGUUCUGCAUCUCUUGAACCUCUAAAUCUUGGAAAACGCUCUAACUUGCCGAGUUUCUCGAAUAAGUUGGCAGAAAAGGAAGAUAUGAAACAUGCCGGCACACAAGGGACUUCCAUAAAAGUCCUUCACAAUUCAAUAACAAAGAUUGAUGGUCUUCAAGAGCUAGUUUUGAAAUCUUCUGCUGAGGAUCCUCAUAUCCACACUGACAUGUUUCAUAAUACUGAAGAAGAUAAUGUGGAAGAAUGUUCAUCAGGUCCAAAGCUGCUGGGGAAGAUAGUAAUGAUGUAUUGGACAAAUUGGGCACCGAAGUUAAAUAAACUGGUUUUAGAAAAUUGUGAUUUAUCUGAUAAUGAUCUCGAGCUGUUUCUCAGUUCCUUUUUAAAAUUGAAGUGGUUGAUACUAUCAAACAACAACUUUGUAACCAUUCAUGAGUGCAUUAAAGAACUUGCAAACCUUCUUUUUCUUUGUGUGAAAAAUUGCAAGCAGCUUAGAUACGUUUCUGUGCUUCCACCUUACUUGCAACACAUAGAUGCAAGGAACUGCAUAUCAUUGACUCAGGAUUCAUUCGACGUAAUAUUAAGUCAGGCAUUUCAAGAGGUGGAGAACAUGGACAUUGUAGUGUGGAGGAAGCGAAUCCCAAAGUGGUUCGACUAUUGUGGCAGAGGAGGAUCUGUGGGUUUUUGGGUUCGCCGAGAAUUCCCUGGAAUUGCGGCACUUUUGGUUCUAGGGGGUCAAACUGAAGUAGAAACCAAUUUUACAUGUGAAUUCACACUGACCAUCAAUGACAUUCAAGUGCUAAAAGGUGAAAGAACGUUGCCGAGGGACCAUGUCUGGCUGUUUGACCUGCGAAUUCACUUAACAGCCAAAGAGAGGCAUUACAUCAACAAGCAUCUUCACAGAAGUUGGAACCAUGUGGGGAUUUCAUGUACUGCUAAGAACAAUCAUCCACACAAUUCCAUUGUUAGAUUCAGUGGCAUUCAUCUCUCUAAGGAUAGAAUGAACAUCCACGACGUCUCCUUCAUAAGCCCUGAUCUUCGGGGUUCAGAUAUUGCCCGUCACAAAAUGGAAAAUAAUGAUGCCGACAUUUAUGAAGUAAGUGGUGGACACGCUGCUUUUGAUCAAGCAUCAGCUGAGCUUGUUGACAAGAAGAUUGUAAGUUUGAUGGAAGGAUCUAGCAGAGCAGAUGAUGAGGACGAGGAAGAACAUUUGACUGGAACUGAGAAUGAAGACCCAGAAAGACGUGACGUAGUGGUCAAGGACAGAGGAAAAGGAACAGUAAAAUACAGUGACCUCGCUGAGGAAGAACAAAAUAAGGAUUUUUUUAUUGAAAGUGCAACAGGAAAGCUGGAGAAGAGCAAACUUGAGCAGGAGUCAACUUCCUUUGCCUAUGCAAGCAAAAACAAUGGUACUUCCAACAUUAAGAAUCCCGAAAAGAUUGGCUUCACAAGGACGAAAGGAAACCCAGAAGCAGGGGAAUCUCAUAUGCAUAUUCCAGAAUCUAGAGCUUUUCUACAGUUGGAGUCAAAAGACGCUGGUGAUAGUCUGAUCUCGAUGGAAGCAUUUUAUGCAUCUCUUGAAGCAGAGCUGGCAACUCUGUCUGAUCCCGAAGAUAGCCAGGUCAACACAGUGUCAGGAGAGGGGACCCAGGAAGCACUGCAAAUAGUACGAGGUUUUGUCUCAGAAAAAUUCUCUCUUCUGUUACAACCUGAACAAUCAAAGCUGAUGAAGAACAAUCUUGAGUACCUCCUUAGUUUGACCUCAAAAGAUGGAAUAUCCCUGAGGAUGAGAUCAGUUAUAAGUCAAAUUUCGAGGAGUUUUACUGAGUGGUUUGUGGAUUAUAAUGAUGCAAGUUUCAAACUGGAAUCUGCAGCUGUAGAAAUGUCCAAAGUUGGAGAACUGAAAGAGGGGGUUGAAGGUAAUGUGAGAGAGUUCAGGCAGGUGGAGGAAUCAGAGAAUGAAAUAUGGAAGCAGUUGGAAUACUUGAAAAGAAGGGAGAGAGAGUUAGAAGCGGAAAUCAAUGGGGUAAAAGCUAAGAUUGCGGAUUUUACUUCAGAAAGAGAGAAUGUUGCUAAGAGAAAAAGAAAACUCUACGAGAAUGGAAGAAUGCUUAAAGCUAAGAGGGAUGACUUAUGGGUCAGACUGCCCCGGUUGAUAUCAGAAGAGCAAUCAGCUAAAAUAAUCCAAACUAACAUAGAGGAAGAGUGGUACAAACUCGGACUACAAUUUAUUCAAGGCUCAAGUUUUGAAUAUGGCAACUAGAUGCACAUUUUUCUAUGAGAAUAUAAUACGUGUGUUAUUUUUAAGUUUUUAAUGUUAACCACUAUGCACGGUUACGCACUAGCUAGCUAAGUACUAUUUUUCCUGGCAUUGGUGAAUUACAGCCACGUCCAUCAGCCUACAUGUACACCUUUUUUUUCUGUGGAAAGGAAAACACGUACCAUCCAUGCUCACCCUAGAUUCGAGUUUGAACCUGGAUUGUCCUUGUUACAAGAGGAGUAAAGGUGGC